AUGAGCCACUCGGAGGGGGCCGCGGAGGUGGAGGUGACCGACGAGGCGGCGGGCGGGGAGGUGAACGAGUCGCAGCGGGCCGUGGGCCCCGCGGGCGGCGAGGCGGUGCAGCGGUACAGCAAGGAGAAGAGGGAUGCUAUCUCGCUGGCCAUCAAGGACAUCAAGGAGGCCAUCGAGGAGGUGAAAACCAGGACCAUCCGUUCGCCUUACACCCCCGACGAGCCCAAAGAGCCCAUCUGGGUCAUGCGCCAGGACAUUAGCCCCACCAGAGAUUGCGAUGACCAGAGGCCUGGGGAAGGAGAUUCUCCCUCUCCAGGCAGCUCCUCGCCCCUGGGCGCAGAGUCUUCAAGUACACCCCUUCAUCCCAGUGACCCCGCGGAAGCCUCCACCAACAAAGAGUCAAGAAAAAGCUUGGCUUCAUUCCCAACCUAUGUUGAAGUUCCCGGACCUUGUGACCCCGAAGACUUAAUCGAUGGAAUCAUUUUUGCUGCCAAUUAUCUUGGCUCCACCCAGCUCCUCUCCGACAAAACUCCCUCCAAAAACGUGCGCAUGAUGCAGGCCCAGGAAGCAGUGAGCAGGAUCAAGGCUCCUGAAGGCGAAUCUCAGCCAAUGACCGAAGUGGAUCUCUUCAUUUCUACGCAGAGAAUCAAAGUAUUGAAUGCUGACACACAGGAGACGAUGAUGGACCACCCUCUGAGGACUAUUUCCUACAUCGCAGACAUCGGGAACAUUGUCGUGCUGAUGGCCCGCAGGCGGAUGCCACGCUCCAACUCCCAGGAGAACGUGGAAGCCUCGCACCCGUCCCAGGAUGGAAAAAGGCAAUACAAGAUGAUCUGCCACGUCUUUGAGUCUGAGGAUGCCCAGCUGAUCGCACAGUCCAUAGGGCAGGCAUUCAGCGUGGCAUACCAGGAAUUCCUCAGGGCCAAUGGGAUCAACCCUGAGGACCUCAGCCAGAAGGAGUAUAGUGACCUGCUCAACACCCAGGACAUGUACAAUGACGACCUGAUCCACUUCUCCAAGUCGGAAAACUGCAAAGAUGUCUUCAUAGAGAAGCAGAAAGGAGAAAUCCUAGGUGUGGUGAUCGUGGAGUCUGGCUGGGGUUCCAUCCUGCCAACUGUGAUCAUAGCCAACAUGAUGCAUGGAGGGCCUGCAGAGAAGUCGGGGAAGCUGAACAUCGGGGACCAGAUCAUGUCCAUCAACGGCACCAGCCUGGUGGGCCUGCCUCUCUCCACCUGCCAGAGCAUCAUUAAGGGAUUGAAGAACCAGGCCCGGGUGAAGCUUAAUAUUGUGAGGUGUCCUCCAGUGACCACUGUGCUGAUCAGGAGACCUGACCUUCGCUACCAGCUGGGUUUCAGCGUCCAGAAUGGAAUUAUCUGCAGCCUCAUGCGAGGGGGAAUAGCCGAGAGAGGAGGCGUCCGAGUGGGACAUCGGAUCAUUGAAAUCAACGGGCAGAGUGUGGUCGCCACCCCACACGAGAAGAUCGUCCACAUCCUCUCCAAUGCUGUGGGGGAGAUUCACAUGAAGACGAUGCCGGCUGCCAUGUACAGGCUGCUGACGGCCCAGGAGCAGCCCGUGUACAUCUGAGGCCGUGCCGCCGCCCGGCGCAUGCAUGGAGGACUCUCCUCGCUCGUGGUUGUGUUUCUCGUGCUGCAUCUGUGUGCCCACUGAGACUUUCCCUCUCGUGCCCAGCAUUCAGUC